AUGGAAACUCGUCCCAGCAAACACGGCCGGCGCCGGCGCCGGAUCCUGCUCGCCGUCCUCCCCAUUUCCCUCCUCGCAGCAUUCCUCCUCCUCAUCCACCACCACCACUUCCCUUCCCGGCAAGCACAACUCCCUCACCUGCAUUUCCACAAACACCUUGCCGUCGCAAACUCUGCCUGCGACGGCACCUUAUACCCUGACCUCUGCGUCUCCACCCUCCUCUCCUUCCCGGAUCUCACUUCCAAACCCCUCCCCACCGUCAUCGCCGCGACUCUCAACCUCACCGGAAAGGAGAUUCGAGCCUCGUCGGCCAACUGCACCCGUCUCCAGAAGAGCGCCAGAGUCAAGAGCCACCUCGACCAGGUCGCGGUGGCUGAUUGCCUGGAGCUGCUCGACGACUCGUUCUCCGAGAUCGAAUCCGCGGUGGCCGAUCUCGGCGGCAACGCGACCUCGAUCUCGAAGAACUACAACGAGAUGCGGACGCUGCUGAGCGCGGCGAUCACGAACCAGUACACGUGCCUGGACGGGUUCGCCUACAGCAAGGCCAAGUACCUGAGGGACGAGAUCAAGACGAACCUCUACAACAUCUCCCGCCACGUCAGCAACUCGCUCGUCCUGCUGAAGAAAGUCGCCGGGAAUGGGAGUAGUUGCGGCGGAGGAGGGGCGGAGGAGGACGGUGGUCGGAGGUUUCCUUCUGGGUUCGGCGAGGUUGGGGGAGACGGGUUCCCCAGCUGGUUGUCGAGGAAGGACAGGAGGCUGCUGCAGGCGCCGGUCAACGGGACGAGGUUUGACUUGGUGGUGGCGAAGGACGGGACGGGGAACUUUACUACGAUCACGGAGGCGGUUGCCGCCGCGCCCAAUUCCAGCAAUACCAGGUUUGUGAUAUACAUAAAGAGCGGGGCGUACUUCGAGAACGUGGAGGUGGAGAAGAAGAAGAUAAAUCUGAUGUUCCUCGGCGACGGCAUCGGGAAGACGGUGGUGAAGGCCAACCGGAACGUCGUCGACGGCUGGACCACUUUCCGAUCCGCGACUGUCGCCAUCGUCGGGAACGGAUUCAUAGCCAAAGGCAUAACCAUCGAGAACUCCGCCGGGCCCAGCAAGCACCAGGCCGUCGCCCUCCGCUGCAGCGCCGACCUCGCCGCCUUCCACCAGUGCAGCUUCGUCGGCUACCAGGACACCCUCUACGUCCACUCCCUCCGCCAGUUCUACCGCGACUGCGACGUCUACGGCACCGUCGACUUCGUCUUCGGCAACGCCGCCGCCGUCCUCCAGAACUGCAACCUCUACGCCCGGAAGCCCAACCCGAACCAGCGCAACAUCUUCACGGCCCAGGGCCGCGAGGACCCGAACCAGAACACGGGCAUCUCGAUCCACAACUGCAAGCUGGCCGCCGCCGCGGACCUGAUCCCGGUCAAGGCCCAGUUCCGGACCUACCUGGGCCGGCCCUGGAAGCUUUACUCGAGGACCGUGAUCAUGGGCUCGAACAUAGAGGAUGUGGUUGACCCGGCCGGUUGGCUCGAGUGGAACGGGACGUUCGCGCUCGACACGCUGUACUACGGGGAGUAUAGGAACGUUGGGGGCGGGUCGAAUACGACCCGGAGGGUGACGUGGCCUGGGUACCGGGUGAUUAAUAGUUCGGUCGAGGCGGGUCAGUUCGCGGUUGGACCGUUUAUUCAGGGGAAUGAGUGGCUUAAUUCUACUGGGGUACCUUUCUCUUCGGGUCUCUGA